AAUACAAUUUAUAUCCUGAAUUUAAAUUUAAUCCAUGCAGGCAAUGUAGUCAAGUCCUCCUUUAUGACUGAAUUGAAGUCUAAAUGCACAACUUUCACGUCUUAUUGGCUUCUUAAAACUUUUUUAUACACCAAACAUUGUGAUCAUAAAUGUCAUAACGCCAAAAGUAAAUGCAUAAUUUAUUAUAUUUAUUUACAUUAGAAUUCAGCUAAUAACAGUGCUGCAAAAUGAUUCGGGAACUGUGAUUGUAGAGUGUGUCCUGCUAUUACAUCCAAGAGCGGCGUAUCUACAGUAACUAGAAUUGUGUCAUGUGCUGUUGUAAAUUUAAGUCGCUCGGGGUAAUUGUGUUUGCUAAAUGCCUUUAAAGAUUUCCGUCUGAUUCAUUGGGUAUCUUUAAAUAUUUGUAAUUCACCAAAGGGACGGUGCAAUAUUCACAAAAACACGAAGAUAUAUAUAUUAAAUAUAUAUAGCCUAAGUCUUUUAAAAGAUGAGUUCACAGACCUCAGUCCAUAUCAGUAAACUGAAAUUAAGAAAUAUUUUUUUCUGAGUUUGGACAACCGAUUUCAUUUGGUUGUGAAUCUUUCCUGGAUAAGCCGACAAAGGUAUAAUAAUAGUUUUCUUUUAUUUUUGGUAGCCUGUUUUAGUAUUUUAAUAUUUGUAUUUUACAGGCUACUUUCAAAUGCAGAGUUGUUGUCUUUGUCUGUUAUUUCCUACGAGCUGUUAAAUAUUUUUACUAUUUAAAAACGUAGCCUGUCUAAUUCUCACGCGAAUCUACUGAAUCACAACAGGCUGUACCUCUCAGUCCACUUUCUGCAUUUUGUUUUUACCGCCCAGAAAUUGUCUCGUGCACGUUUAAACGAUUACAUGAAAUCCAGUUUUGUCGUAAGUCCUGCCCGGUGAUUCUGUGUAACCUGUAUGUCGAUUUCUAGGUUUUAUAGACUCUCCAUCAAUCAUAAAGUUAUAAAGGAACCUUAUUACCAACUCUUAAUUAAACUAAUUAUUUUUUACCUGAACAAAAUAUUUAGGCUGCCAUAUAGCCUAAUAUUCAUCCUAUAGAAAGGCCCGUCAGGCAGGCGAUAGUGUUCAAUAAUGACACAUCCUGCAGAAUUGUCUUGUAAUUGAACAGAUUCACACAUUUACGAGCUUCUUGAAAUCGCCCCUCAACUGUCCCGUCAUUAGCUACUAACGAUUGAAAUGGGUUAGGCUGUUUUAUAUUUUUAAAGGUUUCAUCUUUUUUUAUGUAUUGAUGCAUUACAGAAGCAGUCAGCUUCAAGAUGUAGCCUAGGCGUUGAUUAAAAAUAUGCAUUUGUCGUACUCUGUGAAAUGAACCAUAAUGUAAAGAUGAAAUAAAAAAAUAAAAAAAUUAUUCUUAACAUUUAAAAAUAUGAGUGUAGCCUACCCAUACAUUGGUAAACAGGCUAAUAGGAUGUUAAUAUAAGUUUUAUUAACAGUGUAAAAAUCUGUCUUGUUAAAACAUUCUACCAUAUAAUCAAUAUAAAAUAGCCUAUUUUUAUUGUAAUUUCUUCUUAAUUGUGCAUUUAUUUGUGCUUCUCUACUAUUUAAUGUUACUCAUGACAUGACACUUGGUUUUCAAAAUGACAGCUGUCAACCCGGACGUUGAUGACGUCACUGCACACAGAAUUUAACCCUGUCGUUCCAGCGCCCUGAUCGAACUCCACUCCGCAAUUUACUGAUCACUUCAACCUCUUUUCAACAACGUUUUCCCCCUUUUUUCUUCCUCCUCUUCUCCUUUUUUAACUCUAAGAAGACCAAGGACUUUUACCGAGACCAAGUAGAAGAAAUAAGUGCUACAUUUCAAGUUUCCGUGUUUUAUUUUGUUAGUUGCUUUGCUCAAUUUUACAGAAGGUUCAGAUCUGACUGUACAAUACCGUAAGAGUGGAGUUGCUUUGGUAAUUUCCAUGUGUAACUUUUUCCUUUUUUAUUCUUUAACAACUUUUUCCAUUCUCUGAUGCUGGCCGGCUUGGUCGGAGAUAGUAGGAAAUAUAGGUUUAAAAAAAUAUAGAUAUAUAGGCUAAUAAAAACUAUAUUCCUCAGAAUUUAUGGGCUAUAUUUAGUCUGCACACAUUUCGAGUGGAAAGAAACCAGACAUUUAAAGACCCACCCGUUAAACUCGUUACUGUUGCUACCUGCUGACCACGGACCUGAAUGGUGUGCAGCUGCAGCCAUGGCUCUUCUGACCCCCUGCCCUCUCUCUGGCACCCCCCCUCCGUUGGCCCCCCCUCCUGCUGGGCUCCCGAUGACCGCGUGAGGAACAUGCUCCGUGACACCAGUGACCACGUCCACCCCUGUCCUCCAGGGCUCCCAGGAAGCCACAAACACGGGUGUGGGCAGGCCUAGCCUCCCGGAACAGAGCCCGCCAGUACUCUAAAAGACUAAACGGCACACGCGCGCACGCACACACACACACGCGUGUAGUGUUGAGGCGACCCCCCCCCUCAAGGACCACGUCAACCCGGCUGUUAACAGCCAGUGGUGCACAAAGACAGAAUUCUCUCUCGGUGCACUCCCUCUUCUCCCCUGCCUUCUUCCUUCCUGUUCUUCCUCUUUCCUUCCUGAGUGGAGGAGAGAGGGAUUCCCCGCCAUGCAUAAACCCAGGGGUGGGCACGGCCCCCCCCAGGAGGACAUCUACGACUUUUCUCUGGAGGCCGAUGAAGACCCCAAAAUCUUCCUCCGCGGGGGGACGAUGGGGAGGGCGUCCCCCUUGGCCGAGUACAUUCGGACCGAGCACCAUCAGGGAGGCCUCUACAGCCUGCCCCCGCUGGGCCCCUACGAGCGCCCCAGCGGGGAUGCCGCCAUGGCCACCGUCGCCAUGGCGGCGGCGGCGGCGGCGGCUGCCGCGCAGAAGAAGAAGCGCAAGAGGUGCGGCGUGUGCACGCCCUGCCUGCGCAUGGAGAACUGCGGCAGCUGCAGCAACUGCAUGAACCGCAAGGUGGGGCACCAGAUCUGCAAGCUGCGCAAGUGUGAGGUGCUGAAGAAGAAGAGCGGCAAGGAGGUGGGAUUUGAGGACAAUAGCAAAGCGAGAUCUAGAACAUCAAAUCUGGAAGAAGAGACUGUUUCAGGGCGGGGUUCAGUGGAUGGCCCCAGAAGAAGACAGCAGAUGGACACCGGGUCACAUGAUUGCCUAGGGGACGGCGCACUGAGCCAAGGACUGACCAAUGGGGCGAGCAGGCGCCCUGACGAAGAGGAGGCGGCGGAAGCCGGAAACGGGUGCGCCUGGGGUCCCGGGCAGGCCAAGGCCCCUCUAGAGCACCUUCAGCAGCCCUGCUGGGGCGAGGCGGACAUCGAGGAUGCCCGGAACCUGGUGGCCUUCUCCGCCAGCGCCGGCGCGCUUCCGGCCUCCGGCCACCGGGGGGAGCUGUCCCAGGCCGCGCAGCAGCUCCGGACGCACACCGCGCAGCUGUACGAGAAGUUCAACCAGGAGAUGGGCGGCAGAGACGGGGCGGGGGUGGGGGCGGGGUCAGGGCCGGUGGGCGAGGCCUCCGAGGGGCAGCACUGCAGCCAGGAGGACCUGAGCACCCUGCAGACGGCGCUGAACCAGGCCCGGCACGGCCACAAGCCGCCGAACUGCAACUGCGACGGGCCCGACUGCCCCGACUACCUGGAGUGGCUGAAGAAGAAGAUCAGACAGGCCGCCGACGGGCAGGGCGCGCCCGGGGAGCUCCGCCCCCCUGCUCCUUCUUCACAACCUCAGCUCAACGGGGCCGGCCUCUCGCCACCGCCUCCCCGGGCCCCCGGCCCUCACCAGCAGGGGCCCCUCCAUAGCGGCCACGCCCAAAUCCCCUGCUCCCCCGCCCCCAUCCCCUGCUCCCCCAGUGUCCUCUCCAUCGCCAAGGAGAAGAACAUCAGCCUGCAGACCGCCAUCGCCAUCGAGGCGCUGACCCAGCUGUCCGCCACCGUGCCCCAGCCCGUGGUGCCCCCUGCGUCCACCUCCUCGUCCGGCCACCUCCACCACCAACACCACCAUCACCACCACCCUCCCCAGCCCCAGCUCGGGACGCGCCUGAUCCCGUCCUCCCCGUGUCCUUCCCAGUCCCCCUCCGCCUCCCCCCUGCCCCAGUCCGUCUACCCCCAUCAGGACCCCUCGUACUGGGACCAGCACCACCGCCCCCAGUCCCGCUCGGAGUCCUCCCCUCACCCCUCUUCGGCUUCCCCCUAUCCCAGCCCCCUCCCCCCGUCGGCGGCCGGCUGCGACAGGGCCUCCCCCCGCAGCGCCUGGAUGGGGCCCAAUUCGGAGCCCCACCCCCGCCUCCCGCCCCACGCCGGGGGCGACCCCAUGUCGGAGCUCAAGCAGCUCCUGGGGGACACCAGCGGGAAGUACGCCAACGCCUCCUUCAAGUAUCCCGCCCCCCUGAAGGACAAGGGCGUGGCCGGCGGCCCGGGCGUGGCCCACAUCAAGCAGGAGGUCGACCUGGGCGACUACCCGGGCUCGCCCUGCGCCGCCUUCGCCCGCUACGGGCUGGCCAAUGGGCAGCAGCCGCCGCCGUACCCAGGGCCCCUGUCGCCCGGCAGCCCCGCCAUCCGCCACCAGACCCAGGCGGCGCUGCAGCACCACCUCCACCACAAGCGCAACCUGUUCGCCGUCGGCCCCGGCCUGCCCGCCAACCAGUACCGCCCCCACGCCGCCCUCCAGGACCUCCGCAAGUGGUGGCCCCAGGCCAGGGGCCCCGAGGGGCCCGUCCUGAUCAAGCAGGAGCCCAAGGAGCCCAAGAAGAAGAAGAGCGGGGCCUCUCCGUCCCUGAAGCAGCAGCUGCAGAUGCAGGGGGCGGGGCUCUACCCCCAGCUGGGCCCGCCCCCGCCCAAGCCCAAGCAAAUCAUCAUCAAGAAGCCCAAGCAGCGGGCGUCCCAGCCCACCUUCCUGCCCCAGAGCCAAAUUCUCAUGCAGAAGCCGGCUCCGCCCGGUCGCCCGGACGACGGCGCCGCCCGGCCCCUCGCCCUGUCCGUCACGGAGCCCCUCCCCCUGCCCCUCCCCUUCCCGCUGCCCCCCCGCGGCUCUUCUCAGGCUGACCCGAGCUGCGCCGCCCCGGCCCUUUCUCAGGAAUCUGUUUCCAACGGUGCUUUGGCUCCUCCCACCACCGCCCCCAGCCCCGCCCCCGCCGCCGCCCACGCCCUCGCCACCCCCGAAAAUGCCGCCCCGGCCUCUGCUUCCGUCCCCUUCCCUCCCUCCUCGGUCCCGCCACCCCAAAGCGACCAAGAGACCUCCGGACCCCCGGCGGGGACGCAAGAGGACCCCCCGGCCUCCAAAGCGACGGCCCCCUCCUCUCUCGCGGGGCUGGGCUCCCUGGACCCCAAAUUCGAGGAGCUGAUCCGGCAGUUUGAGGCGGAGUUCCCGGCUCCCAGCCCCCAGACGCAGGCGCCCCCCGCCGAGCCGAUGGAGGCCUCCCCGCCCCAGCCCGCCGAGGAAGCCCCCCUGCAGAACCCCGACCCCAACUCAGGACCAGCCAGCCCCCCGGCACACCCCCUCGAUCCCCCCGCCCCAGCGGCCGCCUGCGAAGCCAUGGAGCUCGGGGAGAGCGCGGAGAGCAGCCAGAAAGAGGGGCCGCUCGCCACCCCCGCCCCACCCUCGCAGGACGGCUCGACGCAAGCAGAGCAAGGGGCGGAGACGAGGCGCGGCGGAGGGCUCGAGGGGGCCGUCUGCCCCCCACCCCCACCCGCACCCCUGACGCAGGAGGCCCUCCUGCAGCUGCAGCAGCACCGCGUCCUGGAGGACCCCUUCACCGCCCCCUUCUCCCCCCUCCCCAAACGCAUGAAGAUCGAAACGUCCGGGGGGCUGGCCGUCCUCUCCACCACUGCCUGCCUCUCCAUGGACACGCCCACCAAGGAGGGGCCGCCCGCGGCCCCCUCCCUGCGCGGCUUCCUGGAGUCGCCCCUGCGCUACCUGGACACGCCCACCAAGAGCCUCCUGGACACGCCCAUCAAGACCGACGAGGACUUCCCGUCCUGCGACUGUGUGGAGCACAUCGUGGAGAAGGACGAGGGCCCGUACUACAACCACCUGGGCUCGGGGCCCACUGUGGCCUCCAUUAGAGAGCUGAUGGAGAGCAGGUACGGAGAGAAGGGAGAGGCCAUUCGGAUCGAGAAGGUGGUCUACACCGGCAAGGAGGGGAAGAGCUCUCAGGGAUGUCCCAUCGCCAAGUGGGUGAUUCGUCGUGCCAGCGAGGCAGAGAAGCUGUUGUGCCUGGUGCGCCCUCGCGUCGGGCACCGCUGCGCCAACGCCAUCAUCAUCAUCCUCAUCCUGGCCUGGGAGGGCGUGCCGCGGGCGCUGGGGGACAAGCUGUACCGGGACAUCACCGACACGCUCACCAAGUUCGGCAACGCCACCAGCCGCAGAUGCGGCCUUAACGAUGAUCGUACCUGUGCGUGUCAGGGAAAGGAUCCUAACAAAUGUGGAGCCUCCUUCUCCUUCGGCUGCUCCUGGAGCAUGUACUUCAACGGGUGCAAGUACGCCCGCAGCAAGACCCCCCGCAAGUUUCGGCUGCAAGGAGACCACCCUAAAGAUGAGGAGAAUCUCAGGGACAAUCUACAGAACCUGGCCACGGGAGUGGCCCCCCUGUAUAAGCAGCUGGCGCCCCAGGCCUAUAGCAACCAGUGUGCCCAGGAGCAGACUGCCUCGGACUGCAGGCUCGGGCUGAAGGAGGGGAGGCCCUUCUCCGGGGUCACGGCCUGCAUGGACUUCUGCGCCCACGCCCACAAGGACCAGCACAACCUGCACAACGGCUGCACGGUGGUGUGCACCCUAACGAAGGAGGACAACCGCGUGGUGGGCCAGAUCCCGGAGGACGAGCAGCUGCACGUGCUGCCGCUCUACACCGUCGCCACCACCGACGAGUUCGGCUCCGAGGAGAACCAGCGGCGCAAGAUGGAGAGCGGCGCCAUCCAGGUGCUGCGCAACUUCCGCCGCGAGGUGCGCAAGCUGCCCGAGCCCGCCAAGUCCUGCCGCCAGCGCCGCCUGGAGGCCAAGAAGGCCGCGUCCGAGAAGCGCAAGGGCCCCAAGCAGAGGGACACGCCCGAGAAGGCCAUCAAGACCGAAGCGGGCCAAGUGGAGUCCCCUCACCUGCAGCAGGAAAACAAGGCAAUCCCCAAACAGGAAGUGAAACCCACCAUUAAGAUUGAGAAGAAGGAUCCCAGGUACCAGGCCUUCAACGGGGCCCUGGACGGCUACGCGUCGCUAGGGAAACGGCAGGCGGCCGACCCGUACAGCAUGAGCAACGUCUACUCCUACCCCGGUUACUAUGCAAGGAGUGGCCUUCCAUCCAACGGCCAGCCUCCCGCCCCCGGCCCCGCCCCCGGCCCCGCCCACAGCCCCAUCAACGGCUUUCACCCCAACCUUUCCAGGGUGCCCUACGGCUACUACAACUACCCCGCCAGCGCGCUCUUCCCGCCCCAGUUCCUCGGCUACGACAGCCGAAACGGGGCGUGGCCCAAGCCGCCGGCGGCGGGCUCCGCGGACAGGAAGCCGGACGUACAGAGCCUGCAGGCCAGCCUGGCGCACUCGUACCCGCACCACCCCGACCAGCAGCAGCCCGCGCCGGGCUACCAGUCCCCCGCGCCCCCCCCCCGCCCCCAGACCGCCCCGGCGGACUCCGCCCGCAGAGCCACGCCCGUGAUCAAGCAGGAGCCCGCGGACGCGCCCCCGUUCCCCGACUGCAGGGCGGAGGGGCUGCCCCCCCAGCGCUGCGUCUCCACCGGGCCCCUCCCGGCCCACCAGGGGGAGGGCUGGCCCGCCCACAGGCUGAACGGGAGCUUCGGCCCCGAAUCCUGGGACGCCUCCGCCUGCGCCCCUGGCAAGCAGCAGGUGCCCCCACAUCAGCGCCCGCACCACCCCCACGCCCAGCAACAGUGGAACUCCUUCCAGGGGGCUAACAUGCCCCAGACGUCCCCCGCCCCCUCGCCGUCCCCUUCCCUAAACCACGCCCUCUCACCGUCCCCCUCCCCCCACCUCCCCGUCACCCCUUGCCACUGGGGCAGCCCCUCUCCGGCCAAACCGUGGGGCGGGGGCCCCGCGGGGGGGUACAGCCCGGGCCUGAGCCACAGUGGGGGCCCGGCGGGGGGCUUCCCCGGCAAGCUGUGGUGCAAGGCUGGGGAGGGCCGCUGCUCCACGCCCCUGGGGCUCCAGGAGAAGGCCUGGAAGUCGUGCGGGGGCUCGGCGGCGGGCUGCACCCCGUCCCAAACGCCCGAGGGCCGGCUCUUCCCCGACCCCUUCCAGCAGGCGGAGGCGGCGCAGGCCUGCUGGGCGCCGGGCGGGGCCCCGGAGGAAGGGGCGGGGCACGGGGGCCGGCCCCGGGAGCCGGAGGAGGAGGAGGAGGAGGAGGUGUGGUCGGACAGCGAGCACAACUUCCUGGACUCCAGCAUCGGCGGCGUGGCGGUGGCGCCCGCCCACGGCUCCAUCCUGAUCGAGUGCGCCCGGCGGGAGCUGCACGCCACCACUCCGCUGAAGAAGCCCGACCGCAGCCACCCCACCCGCAUCUCCCUCGUCUUCUACCAGCACAAGAACCUCAACCAGCCCUGCCACGGCCUGGCCAUCUGGGAGGCCAAGAUGAAGCUGCUGGCGGAGCGGGCGCGGCAGCGGCAGCAGGAGGCCGCCCUCCUGGGCCUCUCCCUCGACGACGUCAAGGCCUACGGCAAGAAGCGCAAGUGGGGCGGGGCCGCGGCGGCCGCGGCCGCGGGAGGGGGCGGAGCCGGCGCCGCCCAGGACAGGAGGCAGGGCGUGGCCACGCGCCAGGCCCCCGCCCGUCUCACCAACACGGUCGUCACGGCGGCGCCCUACGCCUUCACCCAGCUCACCGGGCCGUACAGCCGCUGGGUCUGAGCGGGGGGGUGGGGGGGUGGGGGGCGGAGCCACAGACUCAAAGAGGAGGGAGGGCGCCUCUCCCUCCCUCCCUCCCUCCUUCCCCCACUUCCUCUUUUCUUCCGGGUCUUUUUCCAUCGCCCCCCCCCCCUUUGCUUGAGCCACCGUCACUCGAUUCACCAGUCUGAGGGGGGAGGGGAAGAGAUCGGCGGGGUGGGUUGCUUUUUUUCCAUUUCUGUUUUUUUAAAAUAACAGUUUAUUAUUUUUUUUUCUUCAUUUUUUUUUACCUCAAAUUUGGCGGCAGUUUGGGACUCCCCCCCCCCGACGGACUAGCUGCCUGUGGUGCUGUUUCUCUCUCUGGUUCCUCUCCUUAAUACAAUAAUGAUCCUAAUUAUAAUUAUUACUAUUAUUAUCAAUAUUAUUAUGAUUGUUAUUGUUACUGUCAAUGUUGUUAUUACUGGUAUUGUUAUUAUUAUAAUGAGGAUGAUUUUUUUGUUAAUAUUGCUUUCUUUAAUGUUAUUAUUAUUAUUAUUAUAUUUUUGGGGGGAGAGGAAAGGCUCUCCUCUCUUCUCCCCCGCCCAUGAAUCUGGAAACACGGUGUUUUUUUUUUAUUUUUUAUUUUUUCAUUUUUCUAAAUUUCCUUUCUACAUGGAGACGGGGCUCUGGACUACAACCAACCGACGAUUACCCCAGCUGUGUGCGGUCAGAGGAGCAGGGGGCGUGUCCCCACGACAGAGGCAGACAAGCAGGAGGGACUGAAACAUCAACAUGGACUCUCUCAUUUCCAGCACUGAGGCGCUUUUUAAAGUCUGUUUUGCUGACGGGUUGAUUCUUCAAUAAUUGGACAGAAAAAAAAACAAGAAAAUAUUGGAGGAGGGGCCCUCCUCCCCUUGGCUGGUAUUUCCUGGGAGUGGGACCGAGUGUGACUGGUCUAGCCCCCUCCCCCCAAAAUAACCAGAGGAAAUGCCCUACCCCCCCCCCUUCCCCCCCUUGCCCUGCCCUGCCCUGCCCCGCCCCGCCCGGCCUGGUCACAGCCUCACUCUCAGCCUCUCUCCACUGGUGCUUCUCAUUUGUCUUACGUCAGCCGUACGGGCGUCUCAGCUCGCCGCGCUUGGUUUCUCCAUCUCCACGGCGACGCGCGCAGCAGCAGCGGGUCCCUGGAACCCAGGUCUUUCCUGCAGAGCACUGUGGGAUACCACUUUGCGUGCACACGCCUGUCUCAUGUGCAAUGGUGCUGAUGUGGUCCCAUCUCCCACAGUCCCUGUCCCGCCCUUUAACACGCAGACGUACGCGCGCGCACACACACACACACACACACACACAGGCAGACAGACCCUUGUCAUUGCACGCAGAGCCACGCCUUAUCGCUUCAGCGUACAGAACUCUCCACCCCCCCCCCAUCCACCCCCUCCCAAGCUACCCGGGGGCUUCGCCGUUUUGGGUGGCGUGUCAUUCGGACAGGAAGCGGACUCGCCGCCGUGCCGCGUGGUGCUUUUAGGCGCAGGACCGUGUGCCUUAGCCAGGGGGAGUCGGGUGGGCGAGGACAGACAGACGGACGGACGGACGGAUGGACAGAGGGGCCCGGCUGGUCUCUGUACUCUCACAGUUACACACAGCUUCCCCCCAGACCCCUGUCCCCAGUCCCCCAGUCUCCUGUCCUGCCACACACCACGUACUCUGGUGCUUUUUCUUUUUGGGGUGCUAGAACUCCCCUUCAUGGCACAAACGACGGUGCUACUUUUGUACCCUAAAACAUCCACGCCCCUUCACUGCUGGUGCCACUCCCCAUAGGCACAGACAGGGGUGCCACAUUAACACCCCAAAAACAUCUCUGGCCUGUGCUGACACCACCUACUAAACCACCUGCAUGAACACCGGUGCCUCUUUUGCACCCCAAACAUUAUUAUGCCUUCACUAGAGUCCACACUCGAGGUACACAUCCUUCUCAAUGCUGUCAUUGCAGCUGAAGCUUCCAAUGAUAUCCCUGCACACCCCGUCCAAUAAUGCGCCUGCCACAAGUCGGGCAGCCAAUCAGGAAAGCCUUUCAGAGACGCUGCAGUAUAGUUGCCUGUGCUGCGUGGCAUUAAUGAGACGGGUUUCAGAUGAACUGCAAAUCCCAGCAAGCAUUGCAGCCCUCUCGGGCUGGAGCUGGACAGCCCCUGGCUCAGGCUGAAGAGUUUUUGGCUGGGGAUUGUAGUCACUUGGGCCAGAUAGUGAGGUUUGAGAGAAGCGGGCCCAGCGCAGCGGCGAAAAUGACACGUCAGUCCAGAUAAAGACCGCUCCCUUCUCACGAGCCGUGCCCACGUCCCUGAUAGGUCGCUACUAUCAGCCCUUUUGCACUUAAUUUGGCCCUGCCCCCCCCCCUUCCUCCCCAAAUAUCUUUCUGUAAGCACCUAUUGAAACUUCACCUCCCCUGAUAAAAUGAAGCUCUUAUGCAAAGGCACUGUAACGCAAGGCUGGGGAACCCCCGUUCCAGGAGUGCCAUGAUCCGUUCCUGGAUUUCACGCCAGCAUCCGCUUCUAAUUGCGUAAUGAACUCACUUAUCAAUGUGGCGUGCCGUUUUUUUUUUUUUGUUUGUUUUUUUUGCUGUAUUCACUGAUAAGCUCAUGAAUGACAGCUGAAAGCUGUUCUAUGUGAAUCACCGCGGCCCAGUCCACAAGUGAACCGGCGUUGACGUUCUCAGCUAUUUCAGCCAGGGUGACUGGUGAAAACAAAGAUCUGGCGUGGCAUUCCGGAACCGUGGUUCCCCACCUCCGCUUUGAAAGUGGCUCCUAGCGGUCUGGACCAGAGCGCUUCUCCUUGUGUUGGUCCUUUUCUGUUUUCUGUACUGUGCUGACCUGGGACAGUCUGCCCUCUCUCUCCUCACUUCCACACAGGGUGCAAUGCCCCCUCUCCGCCACUCGAGAUGGGGUGGCGCUGCUGUUCACAUCUUUCAUUUGCGGUGUGCAAAACUGCAGCAUGGCCCUUCAUCAAAGCUCUUAGCUGUGUGUGUGUCUGCUAUGGAGAGCGCACAGGGCUGAACCUGGUUUACUGUGGGCCAGAAACUGCUUGGUGCUCAAAGCUGAUUGGUGCUGGUGCUUUUCAAGAGGUCAGGCUUCCUAUACCUCAUGUAAUAGAGACACUGGUCACAGUCAUAGCAUGCUACAAACACAUGGGGGCGACAGAGAGCCGCGAACGGCAUCUGUCCUUCUUCCCAUGUGCUUGCUGCCUAUACAUAAAUCAUAAUCUACAUUUGUUUUGGAUUAUUAUUUAUUAUAUUAUAAUGAUGAUUAUUCUUAUUGUUAUUGUGAUUGUUGUCUUUUUUUGGGUUUUUAUUGUUUAGUUUUACCUAAUACAAAUUGUAAAUACAAAAGAAAAGAUUUUAUAAAAGCACUUUUAAUCUUGAUUUUAAAGGAAAAAAAAAAGAACAGAUUAUUGACAACUUGAAACCUAGUUUUUGUUUUCAUGGAAUUUUAUCGGGAGAGAUGAAAAUGUAAAUAUUUAAUAUUUAGGUAAGAUUAUUUAACUGGAGAGGGAUAAUGACUAAAUCCUGAGUGAUUCUGGGAUUUUCCGUCUACAGUUGUCAGUGUGUUGAACCCUUAGCAGCAAAAGACAACACCUCAUUCCAGUGUGUUGUGUCCGAAUGUGUAUACUUAAUACUGAUGUCCUGCUCUAUAUAAGUACUGUACUACAUCAAUACCUCUUCAACAGGAACCAGCCCCUUCCCAUAAGAACCGAUUCGAUUAAUCUGUCCUUUUUGGAGAUUUCACACAGUUAAGAAUAAAUAACGAUCUCAAAUCGGACGAGAAACAAUGAGCAUUAACACACACAAGCAGGUUCCCAUCGAGAAGUCGCAGUGCUUGAAAUGGAGUAAAUCGGUCUUUUGUGUGCUAAGACUGUCCCCAGAUACUGCAAAAUCAAUCACGAGGUCGAAAAUAAUAUUAAUACAACAGCAUUCACAAAGACCAUUCGUUUUCCACACUAGAGUUUCUUCAAUGUCCACUGAAAAUCCCUGGAAGUUCACAAUUUAUCUUUCGCUAUUUUUGAACGCUUCGGGCAGACGUUGUUCGUCCAUCGUGACCAGCCUGACAGCAGAAAGAACACGGAAUGUGCUGGUUUCUUUGCCUUGCUUAUCGUUUCCUGUUCAAAGCCCCUCCUUUCUCUCAAAACAAAACUAACUAGAAUCAAGAGGCAUAGUUACUUUGAUUCAGUGUCGAUCAUGAUAAUGAUAAUAAUUGGUGCUGGUUAUAUUUAUUAACUUUUUAAAUGUGAAAUUUCUUUAUAAAUCCAAAAAAAAAAAAGAAAAAAAGAAAAUGGUGGAGAUGGAUGGAAGAUCAUGUUCAUUCUCGAUUUUGCUCUUAUUUCUUGUCCUGAGGUUGUUGGGACUCAUGGUGCUACCCCUGAAUUCACUGUGGAAUUGUGGGUAGGAAUCGGUUCUAUCUAGAAGCGAUCGACGGGUUUUCUUUUUGAAGCUCGUGCCACAACGCUGGAGUGAUACAAAGAAGACCAAUCUUUUUUUAGACAGUGGGGAAACUAUGGUGCUGACAAAGAAAUUGAAAUUGUCCAUUAAAAAAAACAAACAAUUGUGUGAUUAACAUUUGUAGUGACUAGAGUUGGAUUGGCCUAGUGGUGUGGUAUUUUAAGGCAAGUGAGCUAAAAAAAGAAAAAAAAGAAAAAAGAAUUUAAACUGUGAAGAGAAAGCACUUGCAGAGUUGCAAAUUAUUUAAUCUCCCCUCCCCACACACUCCACAGUCCAUCCCCUUUAAGUAAAUCAUUGUGGUAGUCAAUCACUUUUAAACAGGUAAAACAUAAUUUUUAGAAUUAUGAACACAUUGGCAUUGAAGUAAAGACUGUUAACUCAGCCUCCUGUACAGUGUAUGGUCUUGAAACUGGUUGUAAUUGCCCUCUGAACAUACUGUCCAGUUAUACUGUGAGGGGAUAGAAGGUCAAAGCACUGCAGGUGUUUAUUUCUAUAUUUCACUCUCACCUCCCCAACACACACACACACACACACACACACACGUGCAUGCACACACACAUGCACGCACACACACACACACUCACACACGCACAAAGCGUGCUAUGUCCCGUCCACAGUGCUAGUUCCAAUUGAGUUCCUGCAGCAAUUUUUUAAAAACUGGUUGAAUUAAGCUUGGAAACUAAUUAAGUGCUGACCCUAUCCAUAGCAACAACCACACAAAAACAAAAACACAAAUAAAAAGCAAAACAUAACAAGAAAGUCUAAAAAAAAAAAGACAACUGGCAGCUACAUUCCUUUUAUGAGUUUAAGAUUGAUCUUGGUUCUUUUUUUUCAUGUCAAGUAUGCAGUAUGUACAAAAGUGUUUUUUCAGUCUCUCUCUCUUUGUAGCUGUAAGGUGUAUUAUGUGAAUACAUAGUGUAUGUGGUACAACCCACAAUAUUGUUUUAUGUUCUGAGAUAAUAAAGAAAUAAAAAACAAUAAAAAUGAAGAAACAAAAAUAAACAAUUGUGUAAAAUGUAA